UCUGAGCUCUGGAUGCAGCUCCGCGCUGGCAAAAAAAACCCUCAUGAUAACCCAGGCACAGUGGUGUGAAAGUGGCAACGUGAGGUGAGCCGGGAGAAAAUUACUGGACUAAAAACAAGGCAGGAGCAAUGAGGGGAUUAUUUUAAAUAACAGUAAUUAUAAAAAAAAACGCAUGAAAGAUGAUGUUUUAGUUUUAUGUGUUUGAAAGAUAAAAAAGGAGAAAAUAUGGUUGAUUUAUGCACUACGCAGCCCUGAAAGCUCUCCCCCUCUUCGUUUGGAUUGUGGAUUGUGACAGCAUCCCGACUAGGACUCAGGACCAUAACAGUUUUCCAGGGAUUCACAGGAAAAUCUUCAAGUUUUUGCCCGGCAGUGCACAUCAACCCGGAGCCAAGACGUUGUUCCGCGUAGAGCCGGCUUGCCCCAGUCCGAGCAGCGCAGUCAGUGCAAAGGGGAGGUCGGCACUCGGCGCCUUACGGGCCGACAACAUGAUGGUCCUCUGUGCCGGCUGCGAGCGGCCCAUCCUUGACCGGUUCCUCCUCAACGUGCUGGACAGAGCCUGGCACGCCAAAUGCGUCCAGUGCUGCGAAUGCAACUGCAACCUCACCGAGAAGUGCUUCUCCCGGGACGGAAAGCUCUAUUGCAAAAUGGACUUUUUCAGGCGCUUUGGCACAAAAUGCGCGGGCUGUCUGCAGGGAAUCUCGCCGAACGACCUGGUGCGCAAAGCCCGCAGCAAGGUAUUCCACCUGAACUGCUUCACCUGCAUGGUGUGUAACAAGCAGCUGUCCACGGGAGAGGAGCUCUACGUGAUAGACGAAAACAAGUUCGUGUGCAAAGAAGAUUAUCUGAGCUCCGGGGCCAUUAAGGAGGUCAACCUGAACUCAGUCUCGUCGUGCACAGAUAGGAGUUUAUCGCCGGAUCUCCAGGACCCGAUACAGGACGACAUAAAGGAGACGGACAAUUCUACGUCCUCAGAUAAGGAAACGAACAAUAUUGAGAACGAGGAGCAGAACUCCGGGACCAAACGGCGGGGGCCCCGGACCACCAUCAAGGCCAAGCAGCUGGAGACGUUAAAGGCGGCGUUUGUGGCUACGCCGAAGCCGACGCGGCACAUCCGGGAGCAGCUGGCGCAGGAGACGGGGCUGAACAUGCGAGUCAUCCAGGUUUGGUUCCAGAACAGAAGAUCCAAAGAGAGGCGAAUGAAACAGCUGAGUGCUCUGGGGGCCAGACGCCACGCCUUCUUUAGGGGCCCCAGAAGGAUGAGGCCUCUAGGAGGAAGGCUGGAGGAUCCAGACAUUUUAGGACCUGGACCUUACGGUUACUAUGGAGAGUACCAAGGCGACUACUACGGACCAGGGAGUAACUACGACUUCUUUCCCCAUGGCCCUCCAUCCUCACAGGCUCAGUCUCCGGCCGAGUCCCCCUACAUCCUGGGCUCUGGGCCUGGACCCAUUGAGGGAUCGGGCCACCACCCGUCAGAUGACCAAAGGUACACGGACAUGAUCUCUCACGCGGAAACCCCCAGUCCCGAACCAAAUUCCCUGCAAACGGUCCCGGGGGACGCAUAUGGGGGUGGACCCAGUCCCCCUUUCUCCUUGGCCAGUAACUCCAGCUACAGCGCUCCGAUGUCCCACCAGGGCCAGGAGAUGGGGGAAACAGCCACUUGGUGAAAGGACAAAAAAAACAGGGACCAACCAUGGGCUGAAUGUCUGCCCGACUAAUUCAGGAGACGUAUCAACAACAUUGUCAGAAGGGGAAAGUACAGUACAGCUAAAAAUUCUACAGAGAACCUUUUAAAAUCAUAAACUAAUCUUAACAUCUGAAAAACUGAUGGAAAGAAUGAUAUACGAAGCGGGACAAAGUAUUUUUUCUGCACGGCAGAUGCUCCAAAGCAUAUCCCUUGUUGGGAACUGGACUGAAUAAGAGAGUCCAUCCAGCAGAAAUACUUCUUGCCUUCCCCUUAUCUUGUAAUGCUCUAGGAACACAUUAGUGAGAAACACCAAAGGGGACAUGUCUAGUUUUCUUAAUUUCACACCACAUUUAAAAAAAACCUUGCUCCAAAACUAUUUCAAUUCUCACUUUAUCUCUACGUUGCCACUUGACAAAGAUUUUAGACCUCAACGCUAAUACACAAAUGCAUCCGUUGCAGUCGAGGCAGUGUAUGUUUAAUCUCCUUUUAAACAUUUUAUCUUGUGUGACACAAUACGUCAAAUCAACAGCUCCUGUUUGACAGACAUGCGCUGACUUUCCCUCACACAUUUUGGCUUAGAGUCCUUUAAUGCACAGUGUUCUUGAUCAUAGCUUGAAAGAAAGAUGUCUACACUAUUAUUCAAAACACGAACACAAUUAUAGACACUUGUACCCUCCUACACACACACACACAGACACACACACACACACACACACCGCACGGCCAUCGAGGCGGCCCUGAUAGUUCUGCUCACUGCUUCACCUGACCUUCCUUUUGUUACUGUCCCUUUUAAAAAAACAUGUUUUAAUGGAAAUGAUUUUCAAAAGAACAUUGAACCCAUAAUGGAGAAUGUCCUUCAGCAGCUGAGGUCUCCUUCCUCUAAAGGCAGAAAACAAAAGAGGGGGCAGACAACAUCUGUGACAUUUCGGCUGCCUCCUCUGAGGCUCACGUUGCCAUCUAGUGGCCGCCUUUUGAAAGCACACUGGGUCUCAAUUCGAGCUGAUCCGACUUGUGCACCAGAGGACUCCUUUCAUAUUUUGUUUACCCUAACCUCUUUGGUAAUAGCUCAGAACCAGGUCUCAUCAGGACUAAAGUUUUUUUUAAAAGAAAAUUAAACUCAAUUCCCAAUUUCAGCUCAGUCUUUUUCCUUUUUCAUCGCUGCCUCAGACACACAGGACGUCUUAAAGACUAGGUUAGCUGUACUAUUGUUUUCAGAUCAUUUGUGUUUUACUUUGGACAUUGUAUAAGAUCUAGAAAGAAUGUGUCUUAUCUCCAGAAAUUCUUGGAUACAAACGUGUGAAUGAGUAUGCAUGUGUUGGAUGCUUGUGUGAGUGUGUGUUGGUUUAAAGGGGUGGGUGGGUGGAAGGGGCAAGGCUGUAUUAUUUCUAUGUAAAUAGCACUGAUAAUAAAACCUCUCUUAAAAUGU